AUGGAGGGUGAGCCAUCCUCUAGUGCCUCCAGGGCCAACACACCUGCUAACCGGAGCGAAACGCCGGUCUGCAUCAAGGCUACGCAAAGCGCGUCUUACAUGGAAGGCAACCUCGCUGCAGCUCGCAGAGCUGUGAUGAAAGAUCUUGGGACGACCGCACCGGAGGUCGACGCUGACUUCUUCCAGACAUACCUCCUUCCUCGGCUUCCCGUAGGCGUUGACAUCAACCAGGUAGUCAACGAACUCCACAAAGAAGAUAUCAAAGGAAACCGUUGGGUGGCAUUCCAAAAGGAUCCCAAAAAUGCUGGCGGGAAGGAGAAUGUCUGCUUUAAAUCUCUCGAAACUGUGGCAGCAGCCAUCGAGAAGGUCGCUGCCAAGAUGACAGGCGAGGAACCGCUACUCAAGUUUGUCCAGAACCCGGACGGCGCGCCAAGGUCCAAGAUGAGGACGUCGAAAAGUCGCCCGGAUGGAUUUUUCAUUCGCAAUUCAGGGCCUAAGGGUAGGUUCCGGUGGAUGGACAUCGCGCUUUCCGCUGAAUACAAGAAAGUGGAGAACGUUACAACUAAGGAUGAUCUGUGGCAGGAUGUCCGAAAGGUAAUCUGGAGCAUGCAUCACUGUAUGCGGGAAGAUGCGAGACGUCGGUUCACCUAUGGGCUCACGAUUGAAAAUAGGACGAUGCGGAUGUGGUUCUGCAGCCGUACAGAGCUGCUUGUGAGCACGCCGAUUGAUUUCAUGUCGGAACAUCACAAGGUCGCUCAUUUCUUCGUCGCGAUGAUGUAUGCGGCUGAACAUGAGGCGGGAUGGGAUCCCACAAUGGAAUACGUGCGCAAGAAGGAUGGCUCGGACGACGAGCUUGAGCCAGACAUAGAAGGUAAACCCCGCCUCGACAUCGAUGUCCGAGAUCAGAAUGGAACAGUCGUACGAUAUCGGACGAUAAGAUGGUUAUCGGACGAUGGCGCAAAUGGUCUGCGAGGCAGGGGUACGCGCGUCUGGGAGGUGUGUAUACUAAGUGACGACGGCGAGGAAGGUGUCGAUCGCUUUGCUCUCAAAGAUCAGUACAUCGAUGCCGAUCGACAACGAGAAGGCAUGAUCAUCGAGGAGCUUCGGAAUACGGAAACAGAUAAUGCGACAAGAGACAUUAUCGACCGAUCGCUACUCACUGUGGAACAUCACGGAGAUGUCUACGUGGAAGGCAUGCUCGAUCAUACCCGCAAUCUCAUGACGCGCCGUGGCGAGCCGAACCCCCAUUUUAGCUUCAAACUCCAACAGGUUCCGGAGGACGGUGUUGAAGAGACCACCACAGCCAAGUUGAGCAAACAGACACCGGCAGGCGUGGGCCACUACCAAACUCCGGAAGAGCUGAGGACGCCCCCCGCACAGAAAAACUUUACAUAUCAUGCAAAGGUCCAUUACCGUAUCGUGUUCAAGGAGGUAUGCAAGCCUAUUCAUGAAUACACCUCGCUCAAGGACGUCUUCUACGUGCUCGUGGAUGCUGUGCUUGCACUGGUGGCCUUGCAUGAGCUUGGAUGGGUACAUCGUGACAUCAGCAUAGGUAACCUCCUGGGGUUCAUUCUCAAUGGAGUGCUGCAUUGCAAGCUCUCAGAUCUCGAAUAUGCAAAGCGGAUGGAUGAUCGUUCGGGUCACGAAAUCCGGACUGGCACUAGAUCGUUCAUGUCAGUCGAGGUCUAUAAUCUGAAGUACAGGUUUACCUCAUCAGAAGCAGAGGCGAAAGGGGCCAAUCUACCUCCGAACGUAAUCGAUUCCAACCAAGCGGCUUUAGACUGGUUCGAAUCCUUCCACCGUGGCAGCCCCGUGAACGUCGACGUGCCAAUCAGCAAGGAUGGCCCCAGGGUGCCCUUCCGGUAUAAUCCCCUCAAUGAUAUUGAAUCCCUUUGGUGGGUGGCAAUAUACUUCGUCUUCAACAGAUCGGUGGUCAAGGUCGGUGGCGAACCCCCAUCCAUGGACGCGUCGCAGCGGGGACACUACUUCACUCAGGAAGCGUAUACCAGGGAUUUGAUCGCAACACCGCAUGCAAGAUUUGCAGCCUUGACCGACAAGGAUGACCUGCGGGAGGAAAUCAUCUACUUACACGCCGCUAUACGGGAUAUUGCUCGCCAUCUCAACGAGAUCAGGAAGAAACUAGUCAGCUGUUACAAAGAGGCUGAGAAGAAACCAGGCGUAAUCACUCCCACAAUUGGUCAAGACCUACUUCGCGGCGUCUUCUUACCAUUUUUCGGAAGCAUUGUUGCUAAGAACCUUCGGGAAAAGGACAUUCAAGUCGACAUUCUCCGCAAUGAUCCACGACAAUAUGUCGAGAAUCCGUUAGAGAUCCCGACUCAGGCCGACCGUAAGGACGGCGUUACCGACGACAAUGGUCCCGCUGAUGAUGAUGGCACAGAACACAAUUCAGACGAAGGUGACCAGGGAUCCAGUCUCGCAACUCUAACUCGAGAGGUGAGCGUCGGAGACGUCGCCGCAGAGGCAACUGCCAAAGACGGUGCGCAAGGCGUAAUUGUCGAAGACUCUGAUGCUGGACGAUCCGUCGACAAGGCUACCGGUCCAUCCGCCCCUCAAAUCUCGACAGAGCCCAUUGUCGAAGGACGCUCUACUCGUCCGCAGCGCAAGCGUGCUCCUCCCGUCCGAUAUACGGGGACAGAGUACAAUUUGAAGAAGGGCACGGCGAGCAAGAGCGCAUCAUCGUCAUCAGCUCCGACUACAGCAACGCAGGCUGCGACGGGCCAAUCAAACACUAAGGCGGCGACGAAGUCGAGCACGAAGGCAAAGACGAAGGCGAAGACGAAGACGAAGUAG